CGGCGACGUGUAACCCGUGCUGCAGGUGAACCAUUCGGCUCCGGCGCCUCUCUGUGGAUUGUUCAGAGGGCUGAAAACAAUGCGCGUUGCUGCGAAAAGCGCCAAGUUGCUUUUGUAGAAUUCGUUAAACGGGACGCGGUCGCCUGGAUGACAGCCGAUGAUGAUUUGAACGGGCAGCGGUGUGGGAGAAAAGCUGUACAUUAUCUGAGGAUUAUAAACCUGACAUGUGGACGCCUAGUGAGACGUAACCUGAGGUUGCAUCCUGAGGAAAAACCAGGAUGUAUUCCAUUGCCUUGGAGCUUUUAGGCAAGACCAGUGUUAGAGGUUGUUGUAAUCCCUCUGCUGCAGGAGUGCUGCUCCUGCUGUGUCUUGGCUUCCCUCCCUCCAUGGCCACUUGCCCACCUUCCUGCCUUUGUGCCAGUGAUAUAAUUUCCUGCAGUGGCUACAAUCUGUCUGCGGUGCCCUUUGAUCUACCAAGUUAUGCCACACGUUUGGACCUUAGCCACAACAGACUCACUGCCCUGCGUGUGGACUGGAUUUCCCAACCGUUCGACCGACUCGUUACACUGGUUCUCAGCAAAAACUUCAUAAGCAGUAUAGAGGUGAACACCUUCAGUGUGGCUUCACAUCUCCUCCACUUGGACCUCUCAUCCAACCAGCUGACAGUGCUGAAUUCAUCCAUCUUCACUGGGUUGAAAGAACUGAAGGAGUUGCUGCUGUUUGACAACCAGAUCAUUCAGAUCGACCCAGGGGCCUUCAGGGACCUCCACAACCUACAAAGGCUCUACCUGUCUACGAACAGGCUGUCUGUCUUCCCCCUGGGGAUUUAUGAGGAACCUGAGGGGCCUCUAAACCUGACCUUUCUUGACCUGUCAUAUAAUAGGCUCUCUAAGGUGCCUGUCCAAAGCCUGUUGUCCCUCACCCGCCAAAGAGGAAUUUAUUUGCAGGAAAACCCUUUAGUCUGUGACUGUGCAUUGCUUGCCUUGCUGGAGUAUUGGAUGUGGAAACAGUAUCCUCCUCUAGUGGAUUUCAGAGGUCAAUACCCGUGUAGAAAAGGGGCAGAAUCACAGUUUAAUUGUAAGCAGCAUGAAAUGUCAGAUAUGCUCAUUGAGGAACAGCUCUACCAAAUAGACCCUGGUCAGUUGUUAAGAGUGCCAUGCCCAGGGUUGACUUUGCCAGUCCAGGAGGAGCUUGUGGUCUUUUGGAUCACCCCCAAGAUGGUACUGAAUUCAAGCAAUGAUUUAGGUGCGCACAUCGCAGUUCUUCCCAAUGGCACCCUUGAAGUCCGAGAAGCGCUGUUGGAAGAUUCAGGUACAUAUUGGUGUGUCAUACCCCGUGGACAGAACUACGGCCCCAGCAGCUCCCUGGAGGUCACAGUGGUGGUUGGUAAUUCAAGCAUUACCUCCACCAGUGGUUCGGCACAUCGCAGUACUACAGAAAAUUUCAAUACUGCAUUUACCACCCUUGCUUCUUGUGUGGUCAGCAUCAUAUUGGUGCUGCUUUACCUCUACCUCACCCCCUGUCGGUGUCGAGAUGCCAGGGGCGGGGGCUCAAGAGGAUGCGGUGGACGAGCCAUUAUCCUGUGUUCAGACCCCAGAGAAGUGGAAUCAGCACAGCAACGGUCAAAUGGGAAGAAGGUGGCUUUCUUAGAGCCUCAGACUGAGGACUCUGAUAUUGGCUGCACAAAAAUAGCAGCAGUUAACUUGGGUGAUGUCACCACCGAGGGCAUUCUUAAGAAUGGAAGUAGGACAGUGGGACAGCCCCUCACAGACCCCACUCACAUGGCAUAGCAAGAAAAAAUACCUUUUGCACAUUUCCAUACAGCCUGAACCCAAGUGUUUUUUGCUCACUGUCUUGUUUCAGUACAUCAUGAAAAAAUCCAUUUGAUGUGAGUACUGCACAGUGAUUUUUGUGAAGUAGUUAUGCACUGUGGGGUUUGGGUGUUUGGUCUAAAGCAGAAAAUGCAGUCUUUUUGUGGGCAGUAUUUCAAUUAUGUCUCAACUGUAAGUGGUGUCUGUUUUUUUUUUAUAUUAAGAGUUCAUAUGGAAAUUCCAACGUUACCGCAGGAAAUUGUUACAACAAAGAUCACAAAGAUAUAAAUGUGGGUGUUUUUUUUAUAUAUUGGGCCAAGAGAAAUAUCACCUGAUGUGAUGAGCUGUGAGAGGCAGUGAUGGCUGUUGGGUAUUGUGCAUGCAUUUUCAAUGCAUCAUGACCGUCCUUUUACCAUCCGUCUUGUACUGUGGGGCAUAUUGUGUCUGGAGCAUACCAGUCAUACUUGUGAAUUUAUUGUUGUUUAACAAUGUUGUGCAGAUUGUCUGCUAUUCACCUUCAAAAUCUAUAUGAACCUGUAAAAAUUCCUUCAUAGAAAAAACACACAAAACCUAUUGUGUUGCUCUUGUUGCAGAAAAAAAGCACUUGAUGAACUGUUACAGGGAUGGUUUCCUCAAAGAAGAACAUUCUUUCUAAAUGCCCUAUAAUGGUAUGGAGCUGUUAUUGUCAUGGCUUUUGUAAAUAAAUUAUGGAUGU